CCGUGACUGCCUGGUUUUACUCGAUGCACACUCAAAAGUGUGUGAAAAGAGCUGAAACUCUACCAGCAGAUGAAGACGGGGUAGCUGUAAACAUGUCAUCACCUUCAUUUGUUCUGUCUAACACUGAAAGCCUCUCAGUGUCUUUCUGUGGUUCAGGCUUUUUAGCAACAUACCAGCUGGGUGUUGCGCAAAGUCUUUUGGAUAAUGCACCAUGGAUCCUACGAGGUGCUCCAAGGGUGUACGGCGCGUCUGCAGGUUCUCUCGUUGCUGCUGCUGUUGUUUGUGGAUCAAAUCUGGGUCGCGUGCGAGACAAUCUUCUGGAAUUUGCGAGAUUUACACGUCAGCUUCCUUUCGGUCUUCUGAGCCCCACAGCUGAUGUCUACAGAUGGCUGGAGGUCACACUGGAGCGAUCUCUGCCUGAUAAUGCCCACAGGCUGGCCAGCGGACGUCUGCACGUUUCCAUGACUCGCAUCCUUGACGGGAAAAACGUCCUAGUGUCGGAAUUUCAUUCCAACGAAGACCUUAUAAGAGCACUUUUGUGUAGUUGUUUUGUUCCUUUAUACUCUGGCACCAUCCCACCGCAGUAUAAAGGUGAGCACUACAUGGAUGGAGGUUUCACAAACAUCCAGCCCUUUGAAGACACGUCUCCAACCCUCACCAUCUCCCCAUUUGCUGGAGAGAUGGACAUCUGUCCCUCUGACACCUCCACCACCUUCUGUGAUGUCAUCAUCCAGCAGCUGUCCUUCCAUUGCUCCAUGCCCAACUUAAUCAGACUGUUAGAUGCCAUGUUCCCUCGAGACUGGAGGAUUUUAAAGAAAGCGUUCUACAGUGGAUACCAAGAUACCAUUUACUUUCUGGAGUGGAGCAAUGCUUUGCAGUUGUACCCUGACAGGAGGAUGGAAUCUGACGUAUCUGAUGAUUCUGGGACGUCUGAUUCACUGAGCUCUGAUCACUGGAUGCUGACACAGACUGAUGCAGAGGACAGAGACCAUCAAGAGGAACUUCGAAAGAGCGUUAAAGAGGUCUUCUCACCCCAGGGUCCAUCCCGACCCACCCAGGAAGUACAUCAGAUCUCCAAAGUACAGGUUCAGGAAGUGCUGCUGUGUAAUAUCGUGGGUCAGCUGGAGAUUAUGAGUGAUCCAAAAGUAUCUUUAUCUCAACGAACACUAUCGUUCCUGCUCUUUCUGUUCACUCUGCCAAUAUGGAGCGCCACAACGUUUGCUAGCAGGUAUCAGAAAUGGAUCACACACGCCGUGACUGUGACAUACUGGGUCUUGCAAGGCUGUAAACUGUUUAUGAUCUUUGUAUUCAACAUUUUCUUGUCCACUAUGUGGAAAAGCCUGAGAGACAUGCUGAUGAGUCUGAUCAGUUUCGUACCUUCACAAGUUCAUGCCGAGUACCAGAGGGCUCGACAGCUUAUUGAGAGACGUGAUGCCUCCUCUAGUUUCAACGGUCCGGUCUCUGCCUCUUUCCAAGACAGUUCUUCCAUAUCACAGACCCUCCCGAACCUCUACACACUCCUGCGUUCACUAGAGAUAGACAGAAAAUGGAAAAAACACAAGAUAGAGGUGCAGCACACAAUACUGCAGCAUAUGACUGCAAAGAGAAGUUAAAUGCGUGCGAACCGAACUUGUAAAAGCUUGUAUCUCCCUUUUUCGUAAUUUCCAUUUUUUUCAUAAAUCAUUACUAUUCGUCACCCUGCAUGUUUGUCUGUGGGUUUUGCAAAUCUGAAGUAUUAAGAAGAGCUGGUCAACUUUGACAACAUAGUGUUUAAUGAUAAAAAAACAAUGCGGUGGAAUACUGAAUUCUAUUCUAAGUAUUUUAUUCACAUAUUCAAAGUAUGUUCCUAAAAUAUGGGUGCACAACUGUUACACUUAUGUACUAAUAUAUCACAAGACUCAGUGAUUCACAUGAGAUGGAUUAGAAAUAGUGCUCAAUGAACACAUUGAAAUGUCAGGGGUGGCUAAUGCAUGUUGCACACAUUACUAGACUUCAUUAUUUAAUGUCAACCAUUGAUAAUUACAUUAUCUUUUUAAAAGAUGCAAAAUAUGAUUUAGGAAAGCUCAAAGUUCCCUCUAUGAAAUAAGACAGUGGAACCAAAAAGCAUGUCCUGGCACAGCCUCAAUCCUUCAGUGGCGAGUCGUGUGAUGCAGCAUCUACCUCCAUCAGUACAAACAUCUACAGUCUACCUUCAGACCACAGCUAAAAAGCAUGUCAAAUUAACUUUGCAUGAUAUCCAAAGCGGACUCUCAACCUUGUCUAAGUUAAGAUAACCGAUCCAUUGUUACGUUUUGAAUCCAAGAGUUUAGCAUGAAUAGGCGAAUCUCACAAAGUAUUGUGACAUUUUUAUGACAUUUGGGAAGAAUUUUUUAGUGAGAAUCACUCAAAAAGCAUUGCGAGGAUCUGUUGAGAAAUGUGACAUUAUCCUGUGGUUAAACUUAAAAUGUUAUCACAUGGUAAGAAAUACAAAACAGACGCUUUCAAGCAUUAAAAAACGGCUAAAGACAAUUUUGUGUUUUGUAUUUAUUAUAAAACCUUUUGUAACAGAACUCUCGUGCAUGACAGACGACGGUAAAUACGGUCCAAAAAUACUCUUUAAUGAU